AUGGCACAACUCCAAAAAGGAGGCGACGAGGCAAUUGCGGCAAUUACUGGCGUGGAAACAGGUCAUACGUCAUGCGUAAAUUGCGUUGUUCGUCUCAGUGACAUUGCCUCAACCGUCAGCCCACUUUACCGUUACUUUUCCUUUUCAGUUGGCCACAGUAACAGUGCAAAGGAGCCUUACGUUCCUCCUUGUAUUCGCUGCCCGAACUGCAAGGGGUGUCAGCUUCAUUUACAAUUCUGCAGUGGAGCCUACGGGUUGCGUCACGUCCUUGCGUGGAUUCUCCACAGGCAACCGCCAAAAGCAGGAGAAAGCCGGACCAUCAAGCUUCACUGUGAUACAGGAAAAGAUGAGGGCAGCAGCACCCUUUCCAGAUGUUCGGUCUGUCGAUUUGAAGUAGGUCCUGUGGUUAUCACACGUCACAUCAUUCAUUGCUCGCUGGAGCAGACAAUGGAAACGUCACAGCGAGGGGGGCGCACUGGCACCUUUGCCGGCAUGGCAUGUCCUCGGCCACUGAACUUUAUUGAUGUCUACUAUAGUAUAUUCCUUGGCACCACGCAGAAUGGAAGAGAGAAGAAGAGAUUCAGGGUUCUACAGCGUACCGCAAUGCGGGCUGUCGCAGCAGAAGCAAGGGCACUUUGGGAGAAGCUUACCUUCUCUCAUGAGAGAUAUAAUGAGCAGAGAUCAGAGGAAAUAAAGGCAAAAGCGGGGAAAGUGCUUGGUCCUCGGCGAGUCCCAGUUGACUGGAGAUGCCCUCCGUUUUUCUUUUCGCUUCUCCCAUGUGCCCCAGUGGGCAAUGGAGGUCUCACAUUUGUUUUGUGGCUUUGCGAGCUUGGUCGCCAUAUCAUCACUUCGUACAUUGUUGAAGAUGGAGAAUUUUGGCGAUCUAAACACACUUGCACCUCGGAAAAGGAAACAGAUACUGCAGAGUGUGUGAGCACCUCAGCCCCUGUCUUGGACCUCAAGAGGAAGGGGGAAGCGAAGUGCCGACGCUGUUACGCCCCCGGUAUCUGCUGGGGUCUUAUCUACAGGCGUCACCGAGAAGACCGAGUUAAGAUGCUUACCAUCCUGUGCGCUCGUCGCGGAUGUACCAAACGGAGGAUAGCACGGCGGGCAAUUUAA